CUGCGGAAGAUGCAAAAAGAGAAAGUAAACCUGCAAAAUGAGUUGACCAACUUUGAAGAGCGUAUAGAAGCAAUGACAUCUCAUUUGAAAAACGUAAGACAAGAGUUCAGCUUCACUCAGUCUCUUUACAAAGCCAGAGAGAAUGAAAUUGAAACUGAACACCACUUUAAAGCCCUUGCUGAGAGAGAACGUGGACGUCUCAAAAGUGAGAUUAAACGACUGGAAGAUGAGAUAGUUUCCUUAAGAGAAAAGAAAAACAGUCAAGAAAACACUAUAAAUAAAACCACUAAGAAGUUGGAAAACUUAAAACAACAGAUGAACUGUGAUGAGGAAGUUCUGGAGAGCUGGAUAAAGGAAUCAAAUCGUAAAGAUAAUGAUGCUAUCACAAUCCAGAAGUAUGCACAACAGGAUGAAGGGAAACUAGGAGCAUUAACCCUUCAAGUAGAAAAGUUGACCAUGCAAGCAAAUCAGAAGCGUAGAGCUCUUGAUAAUGAGCUUACAGAAACCAUAACAGCUCAGAUAGAGCUUGACAAGACAGCUGAAGAUUUUCGCAGAGUUCAUCAGGAAAGGCAAGAAGUCAUCAGGCAGUGGGAGAAUGCAAUACAACAGAUGCAGAAAAGAGAUCAACAGAUUGAUCAUUGCGCUUUGCUAAUAACAGAGAUAAAACAGGAGAUCAGAAAGAAAGAAACUGUGCUGAAAGAGAAGACUUCCUUUUUGGUAAAUGAAACUCUUAAUAAUAUGGAAUAUGAAAAGAAAAUUUCUUCGGCUGAACGAGAAGCUACCAGCCUCCGAAACGAGUAUCAAACUCAGGAUACUUACAGAGUUCAGCUGCAGGAUGAGCUGGAUGCUUUGAAAUCCAUUGUGGACAGAACUGCUUCUGAUCUAGAGUCUUUGAGGACACAAGUAACCAAUCUGAAGAAAGAAAUUCAGAAAAAACAAGCCAGAUUAAGCUUUCUUAAAGAAAAAAAUGCAAGUCUUUCCCAUAAGCUGAAGCUUGUGACUGAGGAGACACUCAGUUCAGAAGACAAUGCUUUGAGGAUGGAAGAAAUACUAAAGGAAGAAGAAAAAAUUGUCAAGGAAAAAGAAACAGAAAUGAACCAGUUAAAAGAACUACUUUUCAAGAAGACUCAAGAGUUAAAGGCGCAGAAGGAUAAGGAGAAGUGUGUUCUAGCAGAAAUUGAGGGAAGUCGAACAUCACUUAAAAAUCUUAAGAGCAGACUGCACAGACUUGAUGCAGAUGCAUUAAAACAACAAGAACUAAUGUAUAACCAGGAUUUUUAUAUUCAGCAAGUACAGAGGCGGCUGUCACGGUUAGAAGGAGAGGUUGAUGCAGAUGAAAAACAAGUAUUGGAAGCAAAAGUUGCUGAACUUAAGAAAACCUUAGAAGAAAAGAAAAAUGUAUAUGAUGUUUUACAAACGCAGCACAAGAAACUUCAGAGUGAUGUACACUUCAUCAAGAGAGCAAUGGAUAAGACAGGAGAAGAAACAAGUGGUAUGAUGAUCAAGAUAAAUGAACUAAAUCUGUUCAAUGAGAGAUCAGAUCAGGAGUUAAAAAAAGCUAAAGCCAUUAAGCAGGACAUGAUGGUCGAAGAUAAUCUCUUAAAACUAGAACUGAACCGUCUUCAAGAUACUCUGUGUAAUAAGACAGAGAAAGUUCUAACACUGGAAAAACAAAAAUUGGAGUUAAAGAAAGCCAUAGCAGAAAGAACUGAGGAAAUCAAGAUUCAUAAGGCAAUGCUGGAUUCCCAGAUACGACUUGUGGAUCAGGAACGGCAACGCGUAAGUGCUGAAUUUCAAGAUCGCCUAAAUAAAAUUGAUAAACUGAGAUGCAGAUACGAAAUUCUUACUGUUGUCAUGAUGCCACCUGAAGGAGAAGAGGAGAAAACUCAUACCUACUAUGUAAUUAAGGCUGCACAGGAAAAGGAAACACUUCAACGUGAAGGUGAUGAUUUAGAUGCAAAGAUCUGCAAAGCUGAAAAAGAAAUUGUAGCUCUGGAAAACACUUUGUGUGUACUAAAUAACUGCAACAGCAAUUACCGAAACUCUUUCAAGGAAGUCACCGAGACAAGUGAGGAGUAUGAGGAAAAAUUGAAACUAGAGGAGGAGAAAAGGGCUGCUGAUGAAAAAUACAGAUACAAACGAAGACAGAUCAAGGAACUUCAGGAAAAUCUUCAGAACAUGGAAAAAAAUUUUGAUACAGUACUGAAGCAGGAGGCCCUCUUCCAAGAGCACAAGAAGGAAAAACAAGCUCUUAUUUUGCAGCUGAACAAAGACAUAGAAGAACAGAAGCCAAAACUAGAAAGGGUUAUAAAACAG